AUGCUUAUAUCUAAUGUUGAAAAACCUUUUAAUAAUGAUGAUAAUGAAGCACAAGUAGAGGUUGAAUCCUCCAAUAUUGAUAAUGAGAAAAAUGAUGAUGUUCAACAAAGGUCUCCUCCUUUGUCCACAACUAGGCAAAGAAGGAAGAUCGUGGCUCCAAGGAGGUACAUUGAAGAGUGUGAUUAUGUUGUUUAUGCUCUCAACAUUGCUAGCGAAGUCGAAGGGUUAAAUGAACCAAGUACGUACAAGGAGGCUAUGGCCUCAAAUGACUCAAGCAAGUGGUUGAUUGCUAUGAAACAAGAGAUGGAAUCUCUUGCGAAGAAUGGAACUUGGGAUAUCGUUGUUGCACCAAAGAAAAAGAAGAUUGUGGGGUGCAAGUGGAUAUUCAAGAGGAAGGAGGGUCCUUCUAGUGAUAUUCCUCCCAUCUACAAAGCAAGGGUUGUUGCAAAGGGAUACUCUCAAAUUGAGGGUAUUGAUUUUCACGAAGUUUUCUCUCCGGUCGUGAAACACUCUUCUAUUAGGGCAUUGCUUGCUUUGGUGGCGAUGGAGGAUUUGGAGUUACAUCAAUUGGAUGUAAAGACGGCUUUUCUUCACGGUGAGCUUGAAGAAGAAAUCUUUAUGAAGCAACCGGAAGGUUUUGAGGUAGCCGGUAAGGAGAAUCAUGUGUGUAGAUUGAAGAGGUCAUUGUAUGGGUUGAAGCAAUCUCCAAGGCAAUGGUACAAAAGGUUUGAUUCCUUUAUGAUUUCACAUGAUUUUGUUAGAAGUUCUUAUGAUAGCUGUGUUUAUCUUAAGAAAUUUGAAGAUGGUUCUUUACUAUAUUUGCUCUUAUAUGUUGAUGAUAUGCUAGUAGCAUGUAGCUCUUUGCUUAAGGUGGAGGACUUGAAAGAGUUGCUUUCAAGUGAAUUUGAUAUGAAAGAUCUUGGUGAAGCCAAGAAGAUUCUUGGGAUGGAGAUUUUGAGAGAUCGGGCUAAGGGUGUCUUAUACCUUAGUCAAAGGAAGUACAUUGAGAAAGUUGUUCAACGUUUCUCCAUGGAUGAUGCUAAAGGUGUGUCUACUCCUCUUGCUUCUCAUUUAAAAUUGUCCAAGAAUUUGUGUCCACAAACAAAAGAGGAAGAAGAGCAAAUGGUAAGAAUUCCAUACACUAGUGCCGUUGGUAGCGUUAUGUAUGCUAUGGUAUGCUCUAGGCCCGACAUUGCUCAUGCGGUGAGUUUGGUGAGUAGAUAUAUGUCUAAUCCGGGUAAGGGACAUUGGGAGGCACUAAAAUGGCUAUUGAGGUAUUUGAAAGAUACUUCAAAUGUUUGUCUCAUGUAUGGGAAAAAUUCAAGUGAGCUAACCGGGUUUUGUGACUCGGAUUAUGGUGGUGAUCUAGAUAAUAGAAAGUCCACAAAUGGAGAUGUUGUUUUUGAUGAAGAUAACAUGCUUAUAUCUAAUGUUGAAAAACCUUUUAAUAAUGAUGAUAAUGAAGCACAAGUAGAGGUUGAAUCCUCCAAUAUUGAUAAUGAGAAAAAUGAUGAUGUUCAACAAAGGUCUCCUCCUUUGUCCACAACUAGGCAAAGAAGGAAGAUCGUGGCUCCAAGGAGGUACAUUGAAGAGUGUGAUUAUGUUGUUUAUGCUCUCAACAUUGCUAGCGAAGUCGAAGGGUUAAAUGAACCAAGUACGUACAAGGAGGCUAUGGCCUCAAAUGACUCAAGCAAGUGGUUGAUUGCUAUGAAACAAGAGAUGGAAUCUCUUGCGAAGAAUGGAACUUGGGAUAUCGUUGUUGCACCAAAGAAAAAGAAGAUUGUGGGGUGCAAGUGGAUAUUCAAGAGGAAGGAGGGUCCUUCUAGUGAUAUUCCUCCCAUCUACAAAGCAAGGGUUGUUGCAAAGGGAUACUCUCAAAUUGAGGGUAUUGAUUUUCACGAAGUUUUCUCUCCGGUCGUGAAACACUCUUCUAUUAGGGCAUUGCUUGCUUUGGUGGCGAUGGAGGAUUUGGAGUUACAUCAAUUGGAUGUAAAGACGGCUUUUCUUCACGGUGAGCUUGAAGAAGAAAUCUUUAUGAAGCAACCGGAAGGUUUUGAGGUAGCCGGUAAGGAGAAUCAUGUGUGUAGAUUGAAGAGGUCAUUGUAUGGGUUGAAGCAAUCUCCAAGGCAAUGGUACAAAAGGUUUGAUUCCUUUAUGAUUUCACAUGAUUUUGUUAGAAGUUCUUAUGAUAGCUGUGUUUAUCUUAAGAAAUUUGAAGAUGGUUCUUUACUAUAUUUGCUCUUAUAUGUUGAUGAUAUGCUAGUAGCAUGUAGCUCUUUGCUUAAGGUGGAGGACUUGAAAGAGUUGCUUUCAAGUGAAUUUGAUAUGAAAGAUCUUGGUGAAGCCAAGAAGAUUCUUGGGAUGGAGAUUUUGAGAGAUCGGGCUAAGGGUGUCUUAUACCUUAGUCAAAGGAAGUACAUUGAGAAAGUUGUUCAACGUUUCUCCAUGGAUGAUGCUAAAGGUGUGUCUACUCCUCUUGCUUCUCAUUUAAAAUUGUCCAAGAAUUUGUGUCCACAAACAAAAGAGGAAGAAGAGCAAAUGGUAAGAAUUCCAUACACUAGUGCCGUUGGUAGCGUUAUGUAUGCUAUGGUAUGCUCUAGGCCCGACAUUGCUCAUGCGGUGAGUUUGGUGAGUAGAUAUAUGUCUAAUCCGGGUAAGGGACAUUGGGAGGCACUAAAAUGGCUAUUGAGGUAUUUGAAAGAUACUUCAAAUGUUUGUCUCAUGUAUGGGAAAAAUUCAAGUGAGCUAACCGGGUUUUGUGACUCGGAUUAUGGUGGUGAUCUAGAUAAUAGAAAGUCCACAAAUGGAGAGCGAAGAGUAAGGACAAGACGUGGCAAGGCAAGGUCGUGGGAAAGGUACGGCAAGGGAGAGAAGGUUGGAAGUCACCUUGAUGAAACUCUACCACCGGCGAUUCAUCUUUAUACUGUCACUAUAUUCAAGUCCAAUUCAACCUUCAACAAAGUUCAUCCUUCUCAAUAA